AUGUCUCUGCUGCCUUCGAAGUUCCUCUAUCUGUGUUUACACUUUCUGGUCCUCUACUUCCAGCUACAGGAGUCCCAGCAGAGUUCCACCGAUUUCAGGUUUUACAUCGAGAACCACACCAAGCACCCGGACGAGGUGAGCCGAAAGCAGGUGCGCAUCUACCAGCUCUACAGCCGCACCACGGGCAAACACGUCCAGAUCCUGGGCAAGAAGGUCAACGCCAACGGAGACGACGGAAGCAAACAUGCUCUUCUGGUGGUGGAGACCGAGACCUUUGGGAGCCACAUACGAAUAAAGGGCAAAGAAAGCGAACAUUACAUCUGUAUGAACGAGAAGGGGAAAAUAGUGGGGAGGCCUGACGGGAGGAAGCAGGAGUGCGUCUUCGUGGAGGAGUUCUUGGAAAACAACUACACUGCGUUGGUGUCGGCCAAAUACAAAGGCUGGUACCUGGGCUUCAACCGGAAAGGGCGGCCGAAGAAGGGCUCGCGGACCACCCAGCGGCAGCAGGAGGUCCACUUUAUGAAACGCCACCCGAAAGGCCGGGUGGAACCCAUGGAGGAGUUCAAGUUCACCACAGUAACUAAACGGACACGUCGAGCGCGCCGCUUAAAGGCCCGGCGGAACUGA